AUCAGUCCGCAGGUCACCAUCACCUCCUCACUAACACUCUGCCUCUCUCUCUGCUCCUCCUGGCCCGGCUCGGCUCGGCUCGGCUCGGCUCGGAAGGUUUUCUGCUGGAGCAGGACACAGAGCGGGACAGGACAGGAGCGGGACCGGGACCGGGACCUGUCCGGUCAUGCUGGGCGCGGUGAAGAUGGAAGGGCACGAGGCUCCGGACUGGAGCGGAUACUACAGCGAGGAGGUGUACUCUCCGAUGGCGGGCAGUGGGAUGGGUUCUGGUCUCGGGAUGGGCUCUAUGUCGGGCUACAUGUCUAGCAGUGGGACCACAUCGGGAUCCUUCAACAUGUCGUACGGCGGCACUGGCCUAAGCCCUGCCCCCGUGGCAGGGAUGGGUGGCUCCGCUCCAGCAGCCAUGUCCGGCCUCGGCGGGGGCGUGGCUUCGAUGGGCGGGGCACUGAGCCCAUCCGGGAUGAGCUCGGUGUCGGCCCAGCAGGCCUCGAUGGGUCUGAACCCAUAUGGUGGCAUGAGUCCUGCCAUGAGCCCUGGCAUGGCAUAUGGCGGUGGCGGGCUGAACCGGAGCCGUGACAACAAGGCGUUCAGACGGAGCUACCCGCACGCCAAGCCGCCGUAUUCUUACAUCUCACUCAUCACAAUGGCGAUCCAGCAGGCCCCGAGCAAGAUGCUGACGCUGAGUGAGAUCUACCAGUGGAUCAUGGACCUGUUCCCAUACUACCGGCAGAACCAGCAGCGCUGGCAGAACUCCAUCCGGCACUCACUUUCCUUCAACGACUGCUUUGUCAAGGUGUCGCGUUCACCUGACAAGCCGGGAAAAGGCUCGUACUGGACCCUGCACCCGGACUCGGGGAACAUGUUUGAGAACGGCUGCUACCUGCGGCGCCAGAAGAGGUUCAAAUGUGAGAAGAAGAUGACGACGAAGUCUGACAGCAGGAAGGAGGGUGGAGGUGGAGGGGGGGCAGCGUCUCCUUCUGGGGACUCCAUCAAACCUCCAGGACUCCUGGACUCCUCUUCCCUGCCCUCCUCCAGCCAGGCAGCCUCGCCCCCCGGCCUGGACCUGCGGGGGGCCAGUGGGGCGGCGGACCUGAAAGUGUCUGGCUCCCAACUCCUGUCCUCCCUGUCGCUACCCCCCCACUCCAUGGCGCACGAGUCCCAGCUCCACAUCAAAGGAGACCCCCACUACUCCUUCAACCACCCGUUCUCCAUCAAUAACUUAAUGUCGUCUUCAGAGCAGCAGCACAAACUGGACCUGAAGGCCUACGAGGCCCUGCAGUACUCGUCCUACAGCACUGGGGGGGCAUCCGGCCUCGGUGGGCGGACCAUGGAGCCUCUGGAGGCCUCGUACUACCAAGGAGUGUAUCCCAGACCGCUGCUCAACACCUCAUAGUAGCUGCUGCACCUCCUGUUUGUUUACUCUGCAUGCAGCCGUCCGGACUUCCUGUUGGACUGUGAGCGGAUGCAGGACCCGAUCCGGGUUCUGGUUUCUGCAGCAGCUGAACUGAACUUCUGCACUGUGACCAAACCAGGACUCAAACAGUCCCACUAACAUUCAGAGGACCUGCCCCCCUUUUACACACAGAGACACCAAAACAGGUCAGAAACACAUCCAGCAACACUUUAUAUCCAGUCAGACCAGUAUCCCCAGUGUCACUAGUCAGACUAGUGUUACCAGUCAGACUAGUAUCCCCAGUAUCACCAGUCAGACCAGUGUCACCAAUCAGACUAGCGUUACCAGUGUCACCAGUCAGACCAGUAUCACCAGUAUCACCAAUCAGACUAGUGUUACCAGUGUCACCAGUCAGGCUAGUGUCACCAGUAUUACCAGUCAGACCAGUGUCACCAGUCAGACUAGUGUUAUCAGUAUUACCAGUCAGACCAGUGUCACCAGUCAGACUAGUAUCACCAGUAUCACCAGUCAGACUGGUGUUAUCAGUAUCACCAGUCAGACCAGUGUCACCAGUAUCACCGGUCAGACCAGUAUCACCAGUCAGACCAGUGUCACCAGUCAGAGGCUGUGUCACCAGUAUCACCAGUCAGACUAGUGUCACCAGUCAGACCAGUGUCACCAGUAUCAUCAGUCAGACCUGUAUCACCAGUCAGACCAGUGUCACCAGUCAGAGGCCGUGUCACCAGUAUCACCAGUCAGACCAGUGUCACCAAUCAGACUAGUGUUAUCAGUAUCACCAAUCAGACCAGUAUCACCAGUCAGACCAGUGUCACCAGUAUCACCAGUCAGACCAGUGUCACCAGUCAGAGGCCGUGUCACCACUAUCACCAUUUAGACCAGUAUCACCAGUCAGACCAGUGUCACCAAUCAGACUAGUGUUAUCAGUAUUACCAGUCAGACCAGUGUCACCAGUAUCACCAGUCAGACCAGUGUCACCAGUCAGAGGCUGUGUCACCAGUAUCACCAGUCAGACCAGUGUCACCAGUAUCACCAGUCAGACCAAUAUCACCAGUCAGACCAGUGUCACCAGUCAGAGGCCGCGUCACCAGUAUCACCAGUCAGACCAGUGUCACCAGUCAGAGGCAGUGUGCUCCAUGGAAACAGGAAGUAGCCUGUCUGGAACUUUACGGGUCACAUGAGGAACAUUUAAAGACCAGUGAGGAGAACCUCAGUGGUCCUGCUGGAACCGGAUCAGGGAGGAACGAGGUCAUUUAAAACUUUAUUGACAAGUGAAAGAACUUUAACAUCAGUUCUAACAGAUGUCAGUGAUGUCAUGUGAUCAGCUGUGUGGUCAUGUGAUCCUGGCAGCAGCUUUC